CUGGUGUGGAAAAUAUCAGGAAUACCCCUGGCGUCCGCAGCCCUAGCAAAUCGACCCCCCUUCGUCUUCCCCAUCCCUUUCCCCUUUCCUUCGCCCGUGGCCGCCGCCGGGCACGCCCACCUGGUUCCUCCUCGAAGCGGCUCCUCGCUUCUGGUGUUCGUGCUUCUCUCCGUUCCCCCCUCUCCUGGCCGGGGAAGGCGUGGAUCCGAACUUGGGGGGCUGAUUUCUCCUCUUGCUCUUGUCGAAGCAUGGCGGACGGGGGCAUUUUGGUAGCCAUUUGCCAAUAUGGUGGAGAGUUCACUUCUGGCCCCAAUGGUAACUUGAUAUACAAAGGAGGAGAAGCACAUGCUGUCGAUGUCACUCGUGAUAUGUCACUUGAGAGCUUCAAGGAUGAGGUGUCCAAGGUGUUCCAUGUUGAUGUCACUGACAUGUCAUUCAAGUACUUCCUUCCAAAUAAUAACAGAACUCUCAUCACAAUAUCGUGUGAUCGAGAUUUGCAACGGAUGGUUGAUUUUACUACUAGUGCUGCACAAGUGGAAGUUUUCUUGAUUAGUAGAGUGGAAAACAGGAGUAUUGUAACUUACUCUGGAGCAUCUGCAAUUAAACCUGGGACUACUGCACCUGGUGAUAACAAGAAAAGGCCACCUUCCAAAAACAAGGUUUCCAAAAAUAACAAGAAGACUCCGACUCCCAAUGUUCCAGGAACUGCAGUUCAAGCUAGCGCGAAUAAUGUCAAGCAGCCAAGACCGGUUGUUACUGAAAAUGAUGACAACAGGGUUUUCCAACUGGAAUUUGGAAGUGAUAUUGCAUUUGCCACCCCACCUGGAGGUGCUUCGACUGCACCAGGCAUUCUGGAUCAGCAAAAUCUUGCUCUUGUUGAUGCCACACCUAGGGACGCAGUUGGGCUUUUUGAUGAUUCUGGCGACCCGUAUGUUGGUUCUGAGAUUACUGCAGAACCUCAGCAUGGACUUGACAGUCCUAUUGUAUUUUGGGAUGACAUUAUCAAAGGUGUUGGCCAAGAGUUUGAUAAUGUGAAGGAUUUCCGUGCUCAGUUGUGCAAAUAUGCCAUUGGGAAAGGAUUUGCAUAUAGAUUCAUAAAAAAUGAAACAACUCGGGUCACGGUAAAAUGUGUUGCGGAGGGCUGCACGUGGCGAUUGCAUGCAUCUGAGUCAUCUCGUAACAAGAAAUUUGUUAUCAAGAAAAUGACAGAUGAGCAUACAUGUGGAGGAGGUAAUGGAGAAGGUCAGCGUCGAGCGACAAGGCAGUGGCUGACUAACAUCAUUAAGGAGAAGCUGCAUGAUAAUCCAAUGUUGAAGCCGAAAGAGCUUGUCAAAGAAAUAUAUGAACAAUAUGGAGUUACGCUAACUUAUUCGCAGGUUUGGCGAGGUAAAGAAGUAGCGCAGAAGGAACUGUAUCACGCUAUCAGGGAGACCUACAGCCAUUUGCCCUGGUAUUCUGAUAGACUUAUUGAGUCCAACCCAGGAAGUAUAGCUUUGCUGUCUCCAAUGGUGGAUACAAAAUUCCGUCGCUUUUUUGUUGCAUUCCAUGCUUCUUUGCAUGGCUUUGCAAGUGGGUGCAGGCCCCUCUUAUUUCUAGACAAGGUUCCACUGAAAGCAACAAAUGAUUACAAAUUGCUGGUGGCGGCUGCCGUUGAUGCAGAUGAUGGCGUCUUUCCAGUGGCAUUUAGCGUGGUUGAAAAUGAAAACUACGAUAGCUGGAUUUGGUUCUUAAUGCAGCUGAAAUAUGCUCUCUCAAAUCACAACUACCCUUACGAAGCCAUGACAUUCUUGUCCAGUGGACAAAAGGGUCUGGAUGCUGCUGUUUCUCAAGCUUUUGAAGAUAGCCACCAUGCCUUCUGUUUGCAUCAUAUCAUGGAGGAAUUCAAAGGCGAGCUGAGGAAGGGGCCAUGGUCACAACAAAUAAGAGAUGGCAUGAUUGAGGAUUUCACCCGUGCAGCUCAAGCAUGCAGCAUUGAGGAUUUUAAUGCAUCCAUUGAGAGCAUAAGAAAUAUAUCCACUGAAGCUGCUGACUGGAUCAUUGCAAGCAAGCCUGAGCAUUGGUCAGAUGCCAUUUUCAGAGGAUGCCGAUAUGAUCAUUUCUCCUCAAACAUUGUUGAUGCCUUCAAUAACUGGAUACCAACCAAGAAGGAGGGUUCAAUAGUGCUGAUGAUUGACUCCUUGAGAACAAAAAUUAUGGAGAUAAUAGAAUCAAGGCGUGAAGCUUGCAAGGCGUGGUCAGGGCCAUUGACGCCUUCCAUGGAAUAUAAAGCAAAGGAGGAGAUGAUGAAGGCUGGUAAGAUGACCGUGCUGUGCUCCUCUGAAACCGUGUUUGAAGUGCGGGGCAAUGCAAUUUUCGUUGUCAAUCUUGCAAACUGGGAGUGCACAUGCCGGAGGUGGCAACUUUCUGGACUCCCGUGUGUGCAUGCUGUUGCUGUCUUCAAUAGGAUUGGGCGAUCUUACUAUGACUACUGCUCAAAGUUUUUCAGAUUAGAAAGCUAUCAUUUGACUUAUUCAGGAACAAUCUUCCCAAUACCUGACAUGGAUACAGUUGAUUUUAGUGCUGGGGCAAAUUUAAUUCCACCUCCCAAGCCUCGUUCAUCGGAUAAACCGAGAAGGAAGCGGUUUAACCCCAACAAGGUCCCUACAGUUAUACGACUCUGCAGCAGGUGCAAGCAAGCAGGCCACAAUAAGGCAACCUGUGAAGCUAUUUUGUAGACCGAAGUAACUUUCUGCCCCUCGAAUGUGUAUAGUAGCAGUGUCAGUUUUUUGGCGGAGCAUGGCCAACGGGAAGAUGGUGGGUGGUUUUUGCGGAGCUAAUGUGGUGAAGAAAUUCCACACAAGCUGUUGGGUGCGCUGGUGGUGCCUGCCUUUUGUGGUUAUUACUUGGAUCUAAGGGGACAUGGGAUAUCAGGCAUAUGAUUCUGUUUAUGUGGGAGCUGUAGUUUAAAUUUUCUGUAGUGGGAACUCUCGGUAGGUCGAACAUCUGUUUACGAUAAUCGCUGAAACAGCUAGGUCGAACAGUUGGGAACUCUAGGUAGCCCGUAAUUUUAUCUUCUAGAUGAUGUGAUGCUUGUUGUCAUGUACUAGAUCUGUACGUGUACAUGCUUUGUUUGUUGUUGAUCGUAACAUUAGUACAGCUGUUGUGUGCGCACAUAAGUAAACGGUCAAGUUGUUGCC